CGUGCUCAGGACGUGGACAUAACCGCUCCCAGUUUCUCUGUUCGUUUGUUCCGCUCAUCCGAAUGAUGCGCGACUUUCAGCAGAGUAUCCAUCGUUCUCGCUCCGUCUUCUUCCACUUCAGAUGGUGCGUGCAAAACUAAGCGUGAUAAGGAAGGGGUUCGUAGAUAAUUUGUUGAACGGUUUUCUACGACGUCGGAGAUUCCGAAGUCUGUUUUUGCAGUGUUGCCUUGAGACAUCGACAGCUUCUUGCGCCUCAGAGACUUUUAGGGAUAUAACGCAACGACAUACCGGAGGGAUGCGCAAUUUUGCUGGCACUUAGACGGGUACACUUUCCCACCUGAUUUACUGUACUGUCACAGCACUUCCUUUUAUUCACCUGAGAAUUCUACAAAUCAACACAGACCGCGAGGCUUCAAUAUUAAGCUGAACAUUUUUUAGUACUUGAUGCACGGCGGUGAUUUGUAAGCGCCCACUCCAUGGUAUGAAACCGACACAUCCCUCACGGGUGCCGCUGAUCUUUAUCUAGCGGGACUUAGCUACGGAGACGCGAAGCUGAUUAGACUCAUCGGCACAGUUAUUGUGUCUGGACAGUGAGCCGGUGAAGAGUGGCUGGGAGAUCAACAGCAUGUGCUGGACGGAGAUGUUUCUACGGGCCCGGCGGAGGAUGCGUUCGCUGAUUUCUGGCCUGCCAUGCUCCUUCUGGUUCCUGCUGCUGUUUGGCGCGGGGGGACUGGUGCUCUUCAUCCACCUGGAGGCCCUCUCUGAGAUGGUGCAGCUGGGACCAGGCCAAUGGCACAUGUCAACAGAAGAGAAGCUGAGUGACCGAAUACGGGAUGUGAGUGGGAUCAAUGAGGGUCUUAAGAGUCCCAUCCCGCCAAUGCAGUUCCCUGCGUUUGAGCCCGUCUCACCGGGGCCGCCCAGCCACGACGCAGACUCUUCUCAGGUGACCAAACGCCACAGGAAGCUCCUGAAGACCAACCCUGUGAUGCGACCCCAGGGCAAAUCUUCCUCCUCUUUGUCCUCCUCCUCCUCCUCUUCCUCCUCCUCCUCUACGGAUCCUUCAUUCAGCCAGAGCCCCUUGGAUCUCUCCCGUGUCCUGGAGGCGCGCCGCCGCCUGGUCAGAGAGAUUUGCGCCAAGUACAAGACCAAGGUCCCGCAGAACAUCACGCCGCAGCGAGUCUCCCGCAUCUUCGUGGAGGACAAGCACAAGAUCCUGUACUGCGAGGUGCCCAAGGCGGGCUGCUCCAACUGGAAGCGGGUCCUGAUGGUCCUGUCGGGCGUCGCCAACAACGUCACGGCGAUCAAGCACAACGCCGUCCACUACGGCAACCACAUCCGGCAGCUGGACAGCUACAACCGGGAGGGGAUCGCCUACCGGCUGCAGAACUACACCAAAGUGCUGUUCCUGCGAGAGCCCCUGGAGCGACUGGUCUCGGCCUACCGGGACAAGUUCGAGAACCCCAACCACUACUACCACCCGGUGUUUGGACGGCCAAUCAUCGCCCGUUACCGUCUCAACGCCUCCAAGGAGGCUCUGCGCACCGGCAGCGGUGUGACGUUCCCCGAGUUCAUGCAGUACCUUCUGGAUGUGCACAAGCCUGUGGGCAUGGACAUCCACUGGAUGCCUGCCAACCACCUGUGCCACCCCUGCCUGGUGGACUAUGACUUCAUCGGGAAGUUCGAGACCAUGGGCGAGGAGGCCAACUUCGUGCUCCAACGGAUAGGGGCGCCAGCAAACCUAAACUUUCCCUCCUUCAAGGACAGGAGCCCCUCAUCGGAGAGAACUUCCUCAAAAAUCAUGCAGCAGUACUUUGCACAGCUCAAUGCCGGUGACUUGCAACGAGCCUAUGACUUCUACUAUAUGGACUACCAAAUGUUUAAUUACUCUAAGCCCUUCCAUGACUUAUACUAAAAAAUACUGUCCAUUAUUUCAAUCCUUUCCCUGUCAGAUCUGCAUACCCUCUCCUAACUAUUGUUUCUCUGACAUUAUGUCAUUUUAAGCUGUAAAGAGCAGUGUUACGAAACACUGCCAAUUCAAACUACGCAAACUACCAGAGUAAAGGCCCGUUCACACCAAGAACGAUAACGAUAACGAUAACUAUAAACAAAUAUCGCUCUCGUUAAUAUGAAUGACAACGUUCACAUAUACGUAAACUAUAACGAUAAUGACAUGAAGAACGAUAUCAUUGUUGAUCACUUUCAGAGCGAUUUUGAGAACGAUAAAAAGCUAACAGCCAAUCAGAACCCAUAAUAUUCUAGCCAUCACAUUCAUGAACAUGAGGAGAGACUUUUCUUAUCGUUGGCCAGUGUGGACGUUCUUAUCGUUAUCGUUAUGAUUAUAGUUAUCGUUAUCGUUCUUGGUGUGAACGGCCCUUAAGACUAACUAACAAUAACUAACCAAUUGCCGUCUUCACUCUCUGAUGGAGAGAUAUCAAGACGGCUGCUUAAAUCUCACCAGGUCUGAAACAUGACCUCUCAUCCCAUCUUUUGUCUUCUCUUCAGUUUCCACUUAAGGUAGAACCUCAAUUCAGUUGAUACCCCCGCUACUCCAAAGAAAUGGAAAGGGGAACGUGAGGACCCUUGAGAGUUGGCCCGGAUCCGAUGAAUCCGGAGUCAGUUGACCUGUGGGGAGUUUUGGGAGUUAAGCAUAUUCCCAAUUCCCAGUCCAUCACCCCCCCCCCCCGCCCCACUCACACACACAGACACUACCACCACCACCACCACCACCACACAUAGUGUAGGUAAUCCACUACUGUACCCUUUAGCAAAUACACACAUGAAAAAAAAAAAAAAAACACUGUCAUAAAGCCUUUACUGACAACUAUUUUGGUGAAAAAGGGCAUUCAGAAAACUAUAUAUAUUAUAUUCUAUUUUUAUAUGUAUUUCUAUGAUGGGUUAAUGGGGAUGAUGGGUUUGAGCUUAAUCAAAUCUUUGUAUGGAUGUAUGUGUGAGUGUGUAUGUGUAUGUGUGGGGGGAGGGAGUGUGUGUAUUUCUUGUUUUCCCCACUGAACACUUUACUAAUUUGAAGUUUCACUGUUCUGUGACCUGACCAUUUGCUCAUUAAGUUGCCCUAUUCUCUUUCUCUUGAUUCGAUAUCCCUGUAAAGCGAUCAUAGGAAUAGGACAUGCUGGUUUCGGAGAGUACGCCGCCUGGUUAGACCAUACUGGGCCACCACUUUACUGUACAUCACCUGGGAAAGAUGGAGAGGUAGAUAUAUAGAGGAUAGAUAGAGACAUACAAGUAGACAAGGAGACCUCAGCAUACCAUUACUGCAGCUUUAUCAAUUCAUUAGAGGAUGUGAGGGCAUGCAAUGAAAGAGUGUGAGGAAGACAGUGUUGGCAGGAGGCGAGUGAUGAAAAGAGAAGAGUGAUGAUAGAGAGAGAGAGAGAAAGAAAAGAGAAUUCCUCACAGCACGUCUUAUUCUAAUCUUACCUAUAGAUCCGAGUCUACAUGGCUGUGAUGAUCUGCUUUCAUCACUCUCUUCUUCUUAAAUCACCCGAGAGAGAGAUACGACGACAGACAGACAAAAGAGAGUAUAGAAAGAGAGAGAGAGAGAGAGAGUGUGUAUAAGAAAGAGAGAGGGAGGGAGAGAUAGAGAGCCGGCCCAGCUGGCCGACAGCCCAGACAUGAGAGAAGCCUCUCCACGUGUAGAACGAAGGGCUUUGAGCUUUGUGCGUCUCAACAGUCUCGGGCUCGUGGCACAUGAUCCGGUGCGAGGGCUCUCCUCUCCAGCGCGAGAUCAGAGCCAAGAGCUCAGCGCAGGCUGGAGCUGACUGGAGUGCUGACGCGCCAACACCACUGCCAGUAUCGCCCUCCGAACAAUCCACUACUGCAGUGUGUACAUACAUAUGCUCUCGUCACUAUAUUUGUUGAUGCUGGAAGGAACAUAGUUAUUUCUUAAUUCCCGAACAAUUUAUUUUGAUAUAUGCGUAGUCUGGGAAAAUAGCGUUGAGUGCUUGAGGAAAAGGCCAGUUUUGAGAAUUUAUCGAACGCUGUGAACAAGCAAACCAAGUUGUGGCUGCAGUCUAUUGGUAGACCAAAGGAAAGGACACAGCUUCCAAAACUAUCACGUUUGAUAAUUCACUAGUAGCAUUGUUUAACAUAUAGUGCUUAUGUUGUUCAGCUGUUAGACAGCGCCCUUCAUUCAGCAGAAAUCUGUUUUGUUUCCCAACCAGUUGCAGUUCAGUCUGAUCCAGCCAUCCUUUGUCUGUUUAGUCCAAAUCCAUGAUUUGUUGCUAUCCCACAAUCACCUGCCAUCAGGCCAGGAAGAUAAACUUGUAUUCUUUGAAUGUAACUCACUAACAAAAUGGUUGUACAUCUAUACUAGACUUCUGUGAAUUGUGUUGAUAAAUAUCGACAUGACGUAUCAUUUACUUGUAACUAUCUUCUUGUGAUAGUAAGGGGGUCAAUGUCAAACUAGAAAUGUGCAUCUCUGUGGAGGAGCUGUAAGAGUGGGCUUGCUCACCAGGGGGCAGUGAUGUAAACGCCUGAACAGUCCCCCAUUCAUUUCAAUGGGGAAACGCCUCUGGUGGAGCAUGUCGGAACUACAAGGGUCUGAAAAUGGGAAUACCGGAAAAACGACAACCGGCAGCCAUCUGACAUUAACAAGCAACCUACACCGGAUCGGGCCUGAUUUUUUGGUGUUUGAACCACGUCGAUAGCUCAAACGCUCUAGUAGAAGAGGCGUUCUCAAAAAACGGGCUAAGAAGAACAAUAGAUGGGCUUGCCUUGCAGCAAGCCCACUAAUAAGCCAAGUCAGUUGUUUAGCAAAGAUUUGAAUUGCUGUGUAAGACACAAAAAACGUAAUGGCUUUGCAUUAACAGAGUAGCCAGUGUGUGUCUUUCAUGCUCAAAAUCAGGUGAUUUGGCAGUUCCAAAAGUUAGAGGUCUUAAUGUGAUGUCACCCCCCUUUUUCAGCAUCUGUAAGUUCAAGUUGUGCCAGUACACAGACAUCAAACAUUCAUGUCUACAGACUUGUUGUAUUCCCUAAUGUGCAGGGCACAUGUAUGUGCAGAGCACACGAGUAGUACUAUUUAUUUUCUACAUUACCAAGGACAAACAAAUGCACAUUAUCUACAUUCUAUUUUUCGUUAUUUUCAUAUUUAAGUAUAUUUUUGAAUGAGAGAGAGUAAAUAUAUAAUAAAGUACAUAUAAUGAAGGAAUAUAUUACAGAGACAAAUACAGUAUAUAUCAGAUUCUAGUGAUGUAGUGUGUUGGCUUUGCCACCCCCCUUCCCCCUUCAGAAAAAAAUGUCUGAGGAUUCUGUGGAGCGCCGGGUUUUUGGCUUAAAUCUUUGGGGUGGGUGUUGCAUAAAUCUACUUAAAUGCUAUUCCCCUACCUGCGUUCUCGUUUGUGGGGUUGUUUUGGGAGUAACUGUCAGUGCACUAAAGAUAUAUCAAAACUAUGUAAGGUAACAAGUGAAUGUAUUAUCUAUCGUAGGUGCAAAAGUGUACAAAGUCAUGGUCUCAAGCCCUUUGCCUUAUUUUACACUGCCAAUCAAAAAGUGUAUAUCAGGAAGACCUAUUUCAGGUGGCUGGUUUAUUUCUGCUGGGUGUCUAUGAAUAAAUGUUUUGUCUGCUUUUAA